AUCUUAUUUCCUUAUCACAAGUAAUAGAAUAAAAUCACUAACAAUAUCUGUAAAACUCCAAUUAGAAUCAAGUGGACAACCCUAUCACGUGAAUCUCUUAUUAGUUUGACAUUCAUAUCUUCAUUUGAAACAUAAACAGAAGAGGAAAUAUCAUGGCUAGUGCAGAAGAAGGACUGACUGUUGACGGGAAAUUAAGUGAAAUAUUUAGUGAAGGAUAUGAUCUGUAUAAAAGUAUUGAGACAUCCCCGAAGCCAUUCAACAGUGAGGAAUUUCAGGAAGACGUGAAAAAAUGUAUACACCUAUUCGAAGACUCCACUCGUCUAGUCAGCAUCAUCGGCAUGUUCAGCACAAAUGAACAAGCGGAAGAAAUAGCAACAGAUAACUUGAAGUAUCUACUUCUGCCGUUCUUCCUAGGCCAAUUAACUUCUAAGAUUCAAAAACGUGAUCGCUUGGAAUGCCUAAAAGUAGCAGAGGUCUAUUACAGAGAUUUUAUCAAACGUUGCGAAGAUUACGAAAUCGUUAAACGAGAAUCUGAAAUAGCCGAACUCAAUUCGACUCCGCGCGAUGAAAAAGCGGAACUUGUGCAAAUGGCAAUCAAACGUAACACAAAAAUCGAGAAGUAUCGCCAAAAGAAAGAGCUAGAAGAGCAACUAAAAAUGCUAAAAAUCGCUAUUGAACGUGACAAUGUCGAUGAUGAAAUCAAACGCGAUUUCUACAUGAAACUCAUUCAAAGUAGCAUAAUCGAAACAAAGGACGAACUAGACAGCAUAAAAAUGGAACUCCAAAUUCUCGAAAUGCGAAAAUCGAGUGGUGCAGAAGAACUUGAAAAUUCAGAUAGUUUUAAUGGAGGUCCACCAUCUCACUCACAUGACUCGUCGCAUAAUCAUAGACAUCAUCACCAUUACCGACCAGAGCCUCUGAAGCCAAUUAUCAUUACGCGAAACGAAAUGCAAAAGGCCGUUUAUGGCAUGGGCUAUCCAAGCUUGCCCGUUAUGACGGUAAGCGAGUUUUAUGAUCAACGCGUGGCUGAAGGAAUCUUCCCUGAUCCGGAGAAAGCGGCUCACAUGAAACCUGUAACUGGGGAGAAAACAGAAGAGGAAGUGGAGCAAGAACGAGCAGAACAAGAUGAGUUGGAAGAGGCUGAUGAUGAAACAUAUUUGGCUCGUAGACGGGCAUUUGAUGAGUAUAAGGACAAUGUACGCCGCGGAGACGGCAACCGCUACAAUAGGAGCUAAACUCGAGUGUGAAUGUGAUUCAAUUCAGCGAACUAUGCUGUACUAAAAUACAAUAUUAUAUGUACGUGUCAUAAUGCGAAUAUCAAUAUAUUUUCACGUUACUAAUAUAACUAAUAUCGAAAAUAAACAAAUCAUCCUUUAUAUA